CACAAGUAUUUAGUAGGUAUCCUGACUUGCGAUAUAUGAGUGAGAUUGUGAGAAAUGGCUCUUCGAGAAAUUGUGAAAGAAACAUGUACAUGUCCCUAUAAAUUAUCGUUGUACAAUGUCCAAAAUAAUCCUUUGGUGUUUGUAAUAUGUUUGGUUCUUUGCUUAUCAAAAUACUGUAUGGAUGGUUCAUGGUUCUUUGAUGUCAAUUACCAAUGAUUACAUCUUAGUUACAAUCAAGAAAACUGUACUUUUGUAGCCUACAUCAUGUCUUGGCAGUAGGACCCAUCGGGUCUCUCGUCUAGAAAACAUUGAUAUUAAUGUGGCAAAUUUGUGUUGUUAAUAUUUGAAAAAUAUCUUUAAAUUUUCAACAUACAAUUUCCAUAUUCUCAAAUGGUGAACUGGCUCUGAAGACAGCGACAAGUUACGGGACACUGACAAUGUACUUGAUGUACAAGACACGAUAUUUUUAACUUUGAUCCAAUGGAGGGGCAGGAAAUCAUGUGACGUGACGGCGCCUGAUUGACUCAUCUCGUUUGGCAAGUCCUUAUCACAAUAAAAUUAACAAGGCAUUGUCAUUUGAACAUCCAAGUGUAUACAGAAAUAAUUUUUAAGACCACCACCAUGGUCUGUUGCUUGGAGCAUCUUCCCAGAGAGACGGAGGUUGGUGGUUCAAUCCUUGGCCGCAUCAUACCAAAACACGUCAAAAGCUCAUACUUGCUGUUAAAUUGCCUGGUGCUUGACAUAAAGGAGCUAAAAAAGGACUGAUUGGCUCGGAGUCAGUAAACUGUUAUAAUAUGAAGUGAUGAGAUUUGGCUAAAGGAGUCACAGGAACUUACAGUGAUGUGUCUACGACGUCGGCGUCGGGUGCUCAUGUACCUGCUGGUUGCAAUGGUAGUGUUCGGAGGGGUGUACUACAUCCUCAAUGGGCUGAAGCAAGCAUCAAACAGACACCGACAAAGAAAUGAGCCACAGUUUUGGCCAGUUGGAUUGCCCAGGCGUGCUACAGAGAGGCCCCUGAGGCCCAUCCCCUUCCUGGUGCCCCAGAUCCAUGUCAAGGAGAUGCCCCCCAUCCUGGUGUCCCCCAACAUGUCCGACGCACAGGCCGAGGAAAGCUUCUUCAAGUUUCUGGAGAACAAGGAUGUAAAGUGUAACAACGACCAGCGCCUCGGACACCAGCAUGACGGAGGCUGGAACGUCUGUAUGUCUCCCCCCAUGGGCUUCAAGCAUCCAUGUCUCGUGUACUCCUUCGGUAUUGGCACGGAUUGGCAAUUUGACGACGCUGUCUCUAAGAUAUAUGGAUGUCGAGUGCUUGCCUAUGACCCCAGCAUCAACGUCCGCGACCACAACCGCAGCAAAUUGAUUCAGUUCAGGGAACUGGGCCUCGCACCUAAAAACUUUGAAACUCCUGCAGGCUGGCAAAUGAAGACCUUUGCUCAGUUCCUCAAAGACAACGGACAUCAGAAUACAUACAUCAACUACGUGAAGUUUGACAUCGAGUACUCGGAAUGGAAGGUGAUAGAGUCUAUGCUGGCUGACGGAUCUCUCAAGAACGUCAAACAAAUCGGAUUCGAAAUGCACUCCCGGGAACUAUUCAAAGUUUCCUUGAUUGAUUUACCAACUGGCGCUGAAGACUUUGUGAGAAUGUAUGGAAUAUUGCGGAAAUUGGAGAAGCAUAAUUUCCGGAAAUUUAAUUACAGAAAAAAUCCGUUUGGAGAGUAUAAAUCCCUUCACACAAAGAAGUUGAGAUCUUGUUGCUAUGAGUUACAUUAUGUGAACUUGAACCUGUUGAAGCCAAAUGAGACCAUUGUCCAUACCAAAGACGCCAAAAUGUUUCAUUAGUGGAAAUCCAUGGAAAUUCCAUGGAACUCAGUGGAAAUUGAUGGAAUUUCGUGGAAUGUGCUGUGAAGUAGUUAACAUGCUGAUAAACAUUACCUCAUCUUACACUGGUCAAGUUGACUUGAUUUUGAAGUUUAUGUAUUUUUUAAAACUAUAUUCAUAAUAAUGUUAAUAAUAAUAUACCACUUUUUAAUAUUGAGGUAUGCUCUACUGCCUGUAUUUGGUAUUACAGCCUCAUCCAUGGCUCCAGAUUACGAAAUUGGGUUUAUUGAAAUAUGGGAAAGAUACGAAAAUAAAUUUGUUAUAAUGAAAAAAGAUUUGUUAUUACGAAAAAAGAUUUGUUAUAACGAUAUAUUUUUUCGUAAUAACAAAUCUUUUUUCCCUCAUAACAAAAUUAUUUCCGUAAUAACAAAUCCUUUUUCCCUUAUAACAAAUUUCUUUUUGUGUCUUUUCCAGAUUUCAAUGUUGACCCCAAUCGGCUUUCGUUCCAGAUAAUGUUUUGUGCUAUUCAGUUUUCACUUCUAUUUGAUGUUGAGAUAGUGUGAGUGGCAGCUGCUACCAAUAGAGCAGACAUGCUUUCUCUUGUCACGAACACCUGGUGAUCCAUUCAUGUUAUUUUCAUCACUCUUUUCCCUUUUUUGCCAUUGGAACUAUUUUGGCAGAUAGAGACUGAUCGUUCUCAAGCAUUGACGUUUUAGAUUUUGGUUAUUGAAUAUAUUUUAAUCCCUUUGAUCCAGUCUAUUGGGUAUUUUUUAACCAAUGAGUAGACAUUUUUUAAAAAUAGUUAUGCUUCAAAACUAUGCAUAUUUGUGAUGGGUUAUGGUGAUUUAUUUUGCAUAAUAUUUUACACAAAUACACAGAUCAUCUCAAGCCCUGCUCAUCCCUUAUUACAUAAUACAUAGCAUUGUUGAAGUCGUUUAGUAGGAAUUUGUGUUCACAGAGUGGCUCAGUCUUUGGAGUCUAGAUCCAUCUAUCUCCAAACUCAGUCGGGGGCGGUCGGGUAGCCUAGUGGUUAAAGCGUUCGCUCGUCACGCCGAAGACCCGGGUUCGAUUCCCGACAUGGGUACAAUGUGUGAAGCCCAUUUCUGGUGUCCCCCGCCGUGAUAUUGCUGGAAUAUUGCUAAAAGCGGCGUAAAACCAUACUCACUCACUCACUCCAAACUCAGUCGAUGCAGACAGGAUUCCAAGACUCCCACCCUGUUUACAUACACCUCCAUACAUAUCUGUGUAUAUUUGCAUAUGUGUGUAAAUAUACAUAUGUGAGUAUACUUGUCAUGUGAACUUGUGUACUUAUGUGUGUAUAUUUACUCCAGGAGCAGAUUUGCACCAUAUCUGGAGCAGGUGCAAAUGUAAAUAUACACAAGUGCAAAUUUGCACUGUAUAUGUUGUCAUGUGAAUGUUUGCGCCAAUGUCACGGGAUGAUAUAAUCAAUAUAUCUGUUGAUUUGCCAACAUCAAACAAAUUGGGAGCAGUUUUGUUCAUUUUGUUGCUUUUCAGUAUACAGUGUCCACUUUUGUACCAACUUUUGUGCGAACAUUCAGAGUUGGGCGGACAGUAUCUUCUUUGGGUUUCAAGGAGUCAAAAACUUGAGAACACAUUACAUAAAACAAUUGUGUACAGAUUACAUCAAACACAUGUUGCUUCAUGUGAAGAUUCCUGUAAGGUUACUCUCUUCUCAUUCGACUUUGAUUGGAAAACAACCUUUUCAUGUUGAAAGUCGUGAACAGACUGAUGAAGAUGUGUGCCCAGUGCCGCAGCCGGCCGGGGGCAGUUGCCACCCUAGAUUGUUUAUAGAAAACAGUUUUAUUUGAAUCAAGUUGGGGACAAGUGAUACUUGUACACAUAUUUGCCCCCCCCCACCCCCCCGUCCAAAAAAGUUAACUACGGCCUUGGUGCCUGACACUAUUUACAUACCAUAUUUACACACCUUAGUAUAUUUGUAUGUGAAUGCAUCGUAUAUUUACAUAUACACACGUGUGUAUAGUUACACAUGUGUAAAAUUUCUUACGUGAGUAAAUGUUGUGCAUGUGAACGGAGUGAAUUAUUUCCCAUUUUGCGAAAGGUUUGGUAGUGGUUACCGAAAAUGUGAAUUGAAGUAACUUAUUUUAAACAAUGCGGUCAUUGCAUUGUGUUUGUGAUGUCAUAGCAUUGUAUAAUGUCAUCAGUCCUUUCAUGGUUAGUGUAUUUUAAAAAGUUGAAUGCUAUUAAUUAUAUUUUUAUACAAAACUGUAUAGAUGGUUAGUGAUUUCCUCGUCUGACUCUAUAGUAAAGUGUGAUUUUGUCACAGUAGUUGUGCAAAUAGCACUUACUAUUUUCCAUUAUAAAUUUGGAAAGUUGGAUCACAUCAUGUAGAUUUUUAGCUCACCUGACAGAAAGACAAGUAAGGUUAUGUCAUGACCUGCUCAAUCUUUUUUAGAUCACAAUACAAAUAUCUGAUUAUUCAGACAUUUUGCAUGAAAAUGUCAUGAUAUUUGGUUCAUGUGUAGUUUUUCAUCGGAUGUUUGCUUUUGUAUUUUUUUAUUUUUUUGGGAAAGGGAAUAUUUAUCUGAGAAAAAUUUUACUCUGUCAUUGUUCCAACUAGAAUGUCCUGCUGAUCUUUUCUACUGACUUCAUCACAAGAAGCCCCAGGUCACUCAGCCAAUAUAGUCCGUAUUAACACACUAGUAUCUGUUGAAAACGCUACUCACAACAUUCAGGCUAUUAGACUCAUAAGAAAUUGAAAAAUCUUCAAAUAUUCUAAAGAUAAAAUACAGAGAAACGUGUGUUUUCUUAUGACAUGGAAAAUUCAUUUUUUUUGUUCCUGGGGUGGAUGAUACACAUAUCUAGUGGGUGGAUAUAUAACCUUUGUGUGUAAAAAAGAUGAGAAACAAACAAUAAACUUGUUGACCUUAAGAGGUGUCUAUGUCAGGAGAGUCAACUGUUUUAUGUUUUGAUGACAAAAUUCUUCUGCGUGUGGCCUUGUAAAUAUUUCCAGAACAUUUCACUUUGUAAUGAAGCAGAUCUUGUAAAACAAAAUAGCCAAUGAAAGCUGGAGACGAUAAUAAUUACUGAUUGAUAUACGUUUUAGUUUUUUCCUCUUGCCUUAUGUGUCUGGUGGAAUCUGUUCCUCAGACGAUAAAGACUGUUUUCUAGCAUUGAUGAUAUAUUUUUAUAUGACAUAGUCAGAUUUUUUUAUGAUGUAGUCGGACUGGGCCUUAAGCAGAGAUUUCUUAUGAUUAUGGAAAGAGAUUUGUGUUAACACAGGUAUCAAAAUUGCAAUUGUUAAAACUAGGUGAAGUUACUUUUAUGUUUACAAUCUCAGUGAGUUGCAGAUAAUUAAGCUAUAUAUGACAGUAAUCACUGAUUGAUUUCUUUUUUUUUUGAAAGUAGCCUAACCUAAACUUCCACAUUGAGAAAAAAAAAAGGUCAAACCCUGAAACCUGGUUUACAUUUUUGUUAUGAAAUAUAUUCUUAAAAAGGUUCUAUUUAGUCAAUGAAGUAAUUUAAAAUUUCAUCGGCAUCUUUGGAUGACAAGGGUGUGUUAUUGUAUCCAGAUGCUCACACUAUCAGGCACUGGUUGGCCUGGCCAGACAGGAUUAUUAGGCUUCUGUGGUAAACACAGCUGGAGUAUUGCUCACUGUGGUGCAAAGAUUUAUAUUUGCUAUCUCCAGUGUUCUUAGUGGGUUUUGAAUAAUUACAUUUUUUUUGAAAGAAACAUCCUAACAUGUAUUUUUCUUUUAUUUAUGUCAGACCAGUUUUUGUGCCAAUUCCAAAAUCUCAUUCCUGCAAUGGUUGUGAGGUGCACACAAGGGUCGUACACAGUGUCUGAAUGGAUCUCUUGGUCGGCUUUGUUGAUUGUCAUUUCUAGUUAGCCAAAAACAUUCCAUGUUAUCCACUCUUGUGGCAAUAUUCAUAUCACAUAUCACGAAUGCUUCAUGCAACAGCGAAAUCUUCUUAAUUUGAAGUCCUGUGACCAAUGAAUGUGUGGACUUAUCCCGAGUUGAAGAUGAGUCGAGCACUAUCAUUAGACAAAUCUCUUUAAAAUCAGAUCUUUUACUCUGAUACAACACUGAAGAUCUGACAACCCUUCCUUUAGAGCUCAAGACCUCCAUGGUGUUGUGGCCUGACUGGAGAACGGAAGGUCGGUGAUUCAAUGCAAGGUGAAACAUGAACAAAAUUUGACCAACUGUCUAUAUGAAGGCUGCUUGGGGUUUUGAGCCAAUUAGAUGUCAUCUUUCCAAAACCAUUUGGCUUAAUUUCUUUGCCACAUUAGUUCACAAAUUUCAUUCUUAACAAAAGAAACCCAUGCUUGCUGUAAAAGGCGACUAUGCUUGUCCUAAGAGGCGAUUAAAAGGAUUAGGUGGUCAGGCUCGCUCACCUGGUUGAUGCAUGUCAUUGAAUCCCAAUUGCAUUGAUUGAUGCUCACGAUAUCUAUCACUGGAAUGUCAGAACCAGACUCGAUUAUCUACAGACCGCCGCCAUAUUGCUAGAAUAUUUCUGAAUGUUGUGUAAAAAAACAAAAUUAACAAAAGAAAACAGAUGCAGAACACAAAUAUUCCUUUUUGGUGUAGAUGCCUACAACAAUAUAAUGGCACAGCCUAUACUUUUACAUUCAGACCUGCCUGUUCUAACUCAGUUUUCGAGAUGCUGGUCUAAUUAGAAAGUUCACCUGAUGCGACCUGUAGGGGUGUUCCUGCAGAGAGAUCAUCUUAGCAGAUUUUAGUGAAAUUGAAUAUUACACCUUUGUGCCAAUAAGGACUUUUCUCGGACGUGAACGCAGAAUUUGAUCACAAUAACAAGGGCCAAGUUAAUGCAGUUUCUCUUUGUUUGAUACUUGUUUUGUAAAGAUGUUUACAAAAUAUUUCCAUUGUUAUUUUUAGGAUAUUUAACCAUGCAUUUAUAAUUUAUGUUGCUAUGGACAAUAAAGUUACUGGUACUA